CACCGGAAGUACCUCAUGUCUGCUCUAUUGUGGUGAACUUUCACCUUAGGCUGUGCACGCUGGAAGAAAUGGAAACUCAGUGAAGCAACGUGGGCAGGGAUAUAUUAAACAAUUAUUUCUUGAAUUUAGUGUCGCUGAAGCUUUUCCUCCUAAUCUUUUGUUCCGCCUGGACUUAAUCCGACGCGGCUCAAAGGUGAGCACCUCCUGUCUGUGAAAAUAUGGGGAAGGCGCCGAAGAAGAGGAGCCUUGCUGACAAGGUGCGAAAGACCAAAACCUCCUCUGAGAUCAAAAACAACCCGUUUGAGGUGAAAAUCAACAGAAAGAAAUUUGAUGUCCUGGGGAGAAAAAGCAAGCAUGAUGUGGGUCUGCCCGGUGUAUCUCGAUCCAAAGCCGUCAAUAAGAGAAAAGAGACCCUGCUGAAGGAAUACAAACAGAAGAACAGAUGCAGCAAAUUUAUUGACAGACGUUUUGGAGAGUAUGACACCAAGAUGGCACCCGAAGACAAAAUUCUCCAGAGGUUCACGAUGGAGAGACAGCGCGUCCAUGAGAAGAAGGACGUGUACAACCUGAAUGAGGAGGAAGAGCUGACUCAUUAUGGCCAGUCUUUGGCUGAAAUGGAGAAAUUCAAUGAUGUUGUGAAUAGCGAUGAUGAAUCAGAAGAAAAGGGUCUAUUGUCUGCUGAGCUCACUGCGUCCCACUUCGGAGGAGGAGGUGGUCUCCUCAGGAAGAAGGCAUUGGGGGAGGAGGAGGAGGGAGGCCAGAGGGCAAAAUCCAGGCAGGAGCUCAUUGAAGAGCUCAUCCAGAAGUCCAAGCAGGAGAAGAGGGAACGCCAGGUGCAGAGAGAGGAGGCCCAGGAGCUGACCGAGAAGCUGGAUCAAGACUGGAAGAACAUACAGUCUCUGAUGGUGAAAAAGACGCCCAAAGCUGACAAACAGGAGGAGAAACCCAAACUGGAGGAAUAUGACAUGAUGGUCAGAGAGCUCGGCUUUGAGAUGAAGGCUCAGCCCUCAGAGAAGAUGAAAACUCCAGAGGAGCUAGCCAAGGAAGAGAGAGAGAAGCUGCAGAAACUCGAGGCUGACCGUCUCAGGAGGAUGAUGGGAGAGGAAGUCGUGGAAGGUGCACAAAGUCAGAUUCACUUCUCUGCUGAUGACCUCAAUGACGGCUUCAUUCUGGAUAAGCAUGACAAGAAGACUCUGGCUUAUCAGGAUGGAAAAUGGAACAUGGGGGAGGAGGAAGAAGAAGAUGAGGCUGAAGAUGAAGAAGGAGAGGGCGAGAGCAGUGAGGAACAGGAAUCGGAUGCAGAGGAGGAUGAAGUUGAGGAAGAAGAAGAAGAAGAGGAGGAGGAGGAAGAAGAGGAGGGAAGUGGUGAAGAUGAUGGCCACUCAGACCUCGAGUCUGAGGAAGAAAGCGAAAAUGAGGAGGAGGAAGAGGCCAGUCCCAAGCCGAAGAAGACUCUCAGCAAAGAGGAAGUGAAGGUCCAGCAGGAGGCAGCCAAAGCAGAGCUCCCAUACACAUUUGCUGCCCCUGAGAGCUACAACGAUCUGAAGGAUAUGCUACGUGGUCACACCUCUGACAACCAGCGCCUCAUUGUGGCCAGAACUCAAAAGAGCAACCACCCCAGUUUGGCUGUAGGCAAUAAACUCAAACUGCAGAAACUUUUUGGCUUUCUGUUGGAGUACAUCGGAGAGCUGGCCACUAGGAGUCCACCUGAACUUAGCACCAUUGAUAAGCUCAUACCCGAGGUGUACGCUCUGUGCCAGAUGUUUCCAGAUGCAGCCUGUAAGGCUAUGCAGAGCAUCCUCGGAGAUGCCGCUCAUAGCAUGGAAGAGACACUUGAGGUCAAAGGUCACGCAGCUUUCCCUACACUAGACAUGCUCAUCUACCUUAAGGUGACAGCCCUGCUGUUUCCUACCUCAGACUUCAGGCACCCAGUUACAACUCCAGCGCUGCUUUUCAUCAGCCAGGCUCUCACCAAGUGCCCAGUGAGAUCAUUACAGGACCUAACAUCAGGUUUAGUUCUGUGCUCUCUGGGAGUGGAGUAUGUCUCUUUUUCAAAGCGCUUCCUGCCUGAGCUCAUCAACUUCCUGGUUGGGACGCUACACCUGGCAGUGCAGGACAAGGCAUCUUUGGGUUACAUUGUGGUGCCACCCUUCAGAGCAUCAGGAAAAUACAGCGAUCUUUUAGUGCUGUCAUCGUCAGAGUCCUGCAGGAGCUGGAGCAAAAAAAGCCUCCCACUCUCUGCUACUCAGCAGCUGGACCUCGAAAACGACCCUGAUAGAGAUACCCACAGGUUAACGUGUUUGUCUACUUGCCUCGACCUGGUGAAGAGGUGCUGCUUGCUCUACAAAGACCUCCCCUCCUUCACACACAUCUUUCAGCCAAUCAGAACGCUUCUUUCAAAACAUCUUUCCACCCAAACAUUACCAGAGCCAUUACAGGAGCUUGGCAGUGAGAUCGUGGAGGCCAUUAGCAGCACGCCUGUGACUCAGAGUGCGCUUGUUUUUGACAAGAGAAAGCCUAUUCCUCUGAAGCUGCUCACGCCCAAGAUUGUUGAAGUGCUGGACUAUGGAAAGAAGCGUGGCAGCACCAGAGAGGAGAGAGAGAAGGAGCGACUAAAGCAUAAAUACAAGAGGGAGUUUAAGGGCGCUCUGAGAGAGAUCAGGAAGGACUCACGCUUCCUGGCCAGAGAGAAGCUCAACGAGGUCAUGAACAGGGAUGCAGAGAGAAAGAGAAAAGUGAAAGAGCUGAUGGGCAGUCUGGCCACCCAGGAGGGAGAGUGGAAAUCCCUGAAGAGGAAGAAGAAGUGAAAUAUUUAAUCUCCACCAGUUCUCCCCAUUGUCUGAUCAUUUUCAAAUGGAUCGCUCCAGUUCAGCUGUGGAUCACAUGUAUAAGGUUGAAAUAUAUGGAAUAUACAGCUGAGAGUUCUCUGUCAUGAUUGCACACCAUGUUAUCAUAUAUUCCCAUGUAGGCGUUUGAUGUGACAAUUGGAUACUGCUGUUGGAAGUGUCAGUCCACAAAGGAACAGAGGAGUGAAUAUUUUGCUCGCAUUUCCCUUUUUAAAAAAAACCAGAAACCAUCACAACGUUAUGCUGUUGUGUGUGCUGUCAACAGUGGCUAUACUUUUCCAAUAAAGAAGGUCAGGGUUACUCCCACUAUGAUAAAAAUGUAAAUAAAUUUACAGCACAUGGA